AUGGCCCGUGCGAAAGCGAUAUUUGAGCGUUACAAUCACGUGUUGCAAAAUAGGUUGAGCCGAACGUUCCGCCGCGCCGGCAGCCUCCGUGCGCCGGCGGCGGCUGAGCCACCUGCUGCAAAUCAUGACCUCAGCUCCUCCAAUUUUACUUCCGCCGACUCCGAUCUGAGCUCGUACGAAGCGGCGUGCCGCUCCGACCCCGACCUCCAAAACUUCGACUCGAAGCUCCAGAUCCGCACAAGCCGCGCCAUCAACUCCAUCUCCGUGGUCCUCGACGUCCGCUCCCUCCCCCUCGACUCCCUCCGCGAAGUCACCGAAUACCUCCUCGAGAUGAACCAGGAGGUCGUCACAAUCACCCUCCAAAACAAGCGCGACAUUUGGAAAGACGACGAAUUCUCCGAUCUCGUCGUCUUCGAGAAUUGCCUCCUCACCUUGGAUUUCUGCACCACCCUCGAUUCGUGCCUCAAACGCGUCGCGGUGGUGGUGGCUGGCAUUUCUGACUUUUCAAUCAAAAAGUAG